UUUAAUUUUUGAAACUAAGAUCUGAUGGUUUCAUUCAGUCUGAGGGAGGAAAAUAAAACAUUUCCUUCUUUGUAGUGAUUUCAGAGUUUUUGUACAAUCCAUAUGUUUCCCCCACUCACUUGGUCCAGUAGCCGAAUGAUCAUUAACUAAUCCUAAAAUAGCCGACAGCCUUCUCCUCUCCAGCUUCUAUUUGUGGAAAGACCAGUCGCUGAGCAAAAAAACAGCACAAAUCAUCAAGAGCUAGUUUUCUUUUGUCGGAAAUACUUGGCUUUUAAUAGUCCAGUAAAAACUUAGAAAAGAAUCGCGCGGAGUUAAAGUACAAGAAGGCCGCAGCGGGAAAAGUUAGGAUCCGCGUUGUCGCCUGCGUGAUUGAACUGACCUGCGAGCCACUGAACCGGCAGAGGAAUAUUAGCAUGUCCCGUCCUGCUGACCUGGAGCACUAUAAGGCCGGCAUGGUGCUGAGCGGAGCUGGAGAUGCUCUGGGUUACAGGAAUCAGCUGUGGGAAUACAACGAGUCCGGUCCAGCCAUCCAUCAGGAACUACAGGAGCUUGGAGGACUAAAGAACAUCACAGUUCAACUUCCUGAUUGGCCAGUCAGUGAUGAUACUGUCCUCCACCUGGCCACUGCUGAAGCUUUAGCCACAGGAAAGGAAGGAGAGGACCUGCUGCAUGAGGUGGCGUCUCGUUAUGUGGAGGGUAUGAAAGACAUGGAGGGAAGGAAACCGGGACCAUCAAGCAUCCUAGGUGUGUCUCAGUUACGCCCCGGUACUGAAGGGGGCUACAGAAUAGCUUACAAUCCAGAAGGAACAGGAUGUGGCGCUGCCAUGAGGUCCAUGUGCAUCGGUUUGAGAUACCCUCAACCAGAGCAGCUCACAUCUUUGGUCAGCGUCGCUGUUGAGACUGGUAGAAUGACCCACCCUCAUCCAACUGGAUUCCUUGGUGCUGUUGCUUCUGCGCUGUUCACAGCGUACGCCAUCCAGCGCCGUCCAAUCACAAUGUGGGGUCUGGGUUUAGUGAAGGAGGCUUGUCCAAUAGCGAAGGAGCUGGUGAGGUCGGCAGGAUACGCGGUUCCUGAGACAGAGAGAGACUGGGGAUACUUCACGGAGAAAUGGCAGUGGUAUCUUGAAUUGAGGGGUUUGUCAUCAGGAACUGGUCCAGUGGUGUUUCCCGAGCGAUAUGGACCGGCUGAACGUGAUGAGGCAUAUAAGAGCUUCAGUCUCUCUGGAUGGGCGGGGCGAAGUGGUCACGACGCACCUAUGAUAGCUCUGGAUGCUCUAUUGGGGGCGGGGUCGAACUGGGAGGAGUUAAUGAGUCGUGCAGGUUUCCACGGAGGAGACAGCGACAGCACGGCUGUCAUAGCGUGUUGUUGUUGGGGUCUGAUGUACGGCAUGGACGGAGUGCCUGAGUGUAACUACACCAACCUGGAGUACAGGGACCGGCUGGAGAACAGUGCUGAGAAACUUUACACACUAUCACACUGAAACCGUCCGUUGUGUCAUUGUCUUAAAACAGACUUAUUACAUUUAGUUAGUGGUUAUGAUGCAUGUGCAGAAACAUGCUCCUGUUUUAAUACUUUCUGACCUUGCUAAACUUUUAGCCAUUAUUGUGCUUUAUAAAAACCAAGAAAAGGUACAUUAUUUCUAAUUUUUACAGCUUGCUAGCUACUUUUAUGAUGGUACUCACUGUACUGCAUUGGCAGGAAGGAAAAAAUAAGUGUUUCAAAUCAAUGUGUGUCUCCUACACAUCAAGGUAUUUUCUAUACACAUUUUAGUAGUCAAGUUAAAAUCAUAUACCAGCUAGCUAAUUAACUUAGUUACAUAUACAACUACACCAAUCAGCCAUAACAUUAUGACCACCUGCCUAAUAUUGUGUUGGUCCCCCUUUUGAUGCCAAAACAGCCCUGACCUGUCAUGCACUGUGUAUUCUGACAUCUUUCUAUUAGAACCAGCAUUAACUUCUUCAGCAAUUUGAGCAUCAGUAGCUCGUCUGUUGGAUCGGACCACACGAGCCAGACUUCACCCCUGACCCUGUCGCUGGUUCACCACUGUUCCUUCCUUGGACCUCUUUUGAUAGAUACUGACCACUGCAGACCGGAAACACCCCACAAGAGCUGCAGUUUUGGAGAUGCUCUGAACCAGUGGUCUAGCCAUCACAAUUUGUCCCUUCGUCAAACUCGCUCAAAUCCUUACGCUUGCCCAUUUUUCUUGCUUCUAACACAUCAACUUUGAGGACAAAAUGUUCACUUGCUGCCUAAUAUAUCCCACCCACUAAUUGGUGCCAUGAUGAGGAGAUAAUCAGUCUUAUUCACUUCACCAGUCAGUGGUCAUAUGGCUGAUCGGUGUAUGUUAUCAGAACAUGAAUAGAAACUUAGAAGAAACCCUAUUGCAAAUCCUAGCUAGCAAACUACACACACAAUCUAUCAGGUUGGGUUUCAAUUGUGUUAAAUAAUUGUAUAUGUAAAUAACUAUUUUAAGUAGUGAAAAAAUGAUAAGCAGCUAAUAUAUUUUAUUUUAUUAGUUCUUAGCUAAAUGACAUUGUGGACAAAACAAUAAAGAAGCUGGGUAACUAGUAAACUGUAUAUGUCAGGU